AUGGCCGCAGCAAAUCCCAACACACGCCGAGCUUGGGAUGAUUUCUACUUUUUUCAACCCGGGGAGAGGAUGUAUGAUCGUUUGCUAGUCUGGGUUAGAACCAUGCUUCAAGCUGAGCUAGCUAACGGCAGGUUACAAAACCAGCAAGUCAGGGGUGAUGUGAUCUUUAAUCAGUUCGCUGUGGGACAGAUUGGAGCUCAGCAGUUUCGCACAGUACCAAAAGGAUCACCUCAAAUACACUGCGAGGAACAACUUAUUAAAAUGAUUCGACAGCAACAAGAUGAGUUCAUUAUCUACACCGAGAAUUUCACCUGUCAGAUGAGAGAGGGCACCGAGAAACGCUGUAACUGUUUUCAGGUAUGUCCGAACUACAUGACGUUUUGUCCCAAUGACCAAAUUUCUUCAUUUUGUUAGAUCACAGUGAGUGGCCAGACCAUACUUAUUUCACUUACAAAUUGUUUAAGUACGCAAAAACAACCAGUAUUUUGAAUUAGUUUAACGUCUAUUAUUUACGCAAAAAUGUACAAGGUUUAUUAAUUGACCGCAACAGAAAAUGCCAUAACAUACCAUGAUACUCUUUGUUGGUCACUCCAAAAUUUUGCAUAAGAGAAACUGAAAACAAUGCUUAUGCAAAAUUUUGGAGUGACCAAAAAAGAGUAUCAUGGUAUGUUGUGGCAUUUUCUGUUGCGGUCAAUUAAUAAACCUUGUACAUUUUUGUUAAUACAGUGAAACCCCGCCUUACGGCCACGAAUACGGUCACCUCGUUAUUAUGGCCACUUUUUUUGGCCGCCUGGCAAAACGGCCAUACAUUUUCUUGUAAAAAGACCCUAUUUAAUACGGUCACCCCGUUACAGAUACGGCCAAUUUUUUUCGGCACAUUGGUGACCGUAUUGACGGGGUUCCACUGUACGAAGUGGUUGCAGUGGUCAAACAAAGGAUACAUUCCGUUGGCCUUAAUUGAGUUUUACCGUCACCAAAUAAACUCUUUUCGAGAAAAAUAAAGUUUCACUUAGACGCUAAUUAGUUCCUCUUGUAAACUCGUUAUGAUCUUUGAGUAAUGUAUUGAGAAGGCGGGACUGACUUACCAACAGAACAUUCUUUCUAGUUUUUCAUCUCUCAGAUUACUUUGGACACUAACUGGACUUAUGUGAAUGUUGGAGUUAAAGCUGAUUUUCUGAUUACUCCACAAUCUCAAGGGAAAAUAUGAUAAUAUUCCUUACAACCAAUCGGGUUUCUACUGAUGUAAGAUUAAACUUCAAAUGGUUAAGAUUGACAGCCGUCAUGAACAGUGAAGAUAAAAGGAGCUGUAAGAGGCUUCUGUCAAAACAGAGAUAGAACAAGUUAGUGUAAGAUUAAGUUGUCUUGUAAUGUUGAAGUUUAGAGGAUACAAAGUUUGCUAAACCAACUCAGCACGAGUGUUUUCUUUGUGUAGCCGACCUUAGCGCUAGUUCCCGUCGCGGUCGUGCUAUUACAAAACGAGCGAUUAUGCAGUGUCAUUUUGCUUUUGUAGUUCUCAAAUUCCGAAGGAUAGCCGGAUAGCCUGGGGAUAGCCUUGUCCACGGAAUCAAUCUCCAUUCAUUAGAUUAUGUACUUACCGUUCUUCUUAUCCACUAGAUAACGCUUUAUCUGGUAGGGCCCUAUCCUCUUGACUUUGUAGGUCAUUGACUUGGCUCUUCGUUACCCAAGAAGCUUAGUGAUCAUCAUGUACCAUCAGGCAUACGACUUUCGUAACACAGCCAACAGGGGCGCCGGACGCCAGGGACGAUGGGAAGAAAUUGACCUGCAGAAUCUGAAUAUUCUUCUUGGAAAUAGUCCUGCUGGACCAUUACCACAAAAUCUGGUUUUCAUUAAGGUGGACUGGAUCAUUCAGGGCAACCAAGUGCAAGUUCGUGGUAUGCAGAUCGCUGGAAUAAAUCGCCCACGCAACCCAGUCGCGUUUCCAGACCACGCAGCUGGAGGCCACUAA